AUGUCCAAAGAGAGAAGAUCACCACCUGUUAAAUUGGAGAAGCUGAGAUCUGAAUCUGGUUUCCGGGCAAAGAAACAAGAUGUUCAUGAUAGCAGGGCCGAUGAGGACAAAGUACAAUACAAAAUCGAAGGCUUAUACCGUGAAGUGUUGCCUUACUACUUUACGUACUUGACCUACUGUAAGAUGAGAUGGCGUGAUAGAAAGCUGAUAGAUGUCUUCACCUCCGAAUUCAGGGAUCGAUCCGAGGAGUACUACAGGAAGACCAUAAGUGAAGGGAAAGUGAUGUUGAACGAUAAACCGGCGAACUUGGACUCUGUGAUAAAGAAUGGUGAUUUGAUUAGUCAUAGAAUCCAUAGACAUGAGCCCUGCGUGACUUCAAGACCUAUCAAGAUCGUUAAGGAAACUGACGAGUUGAUCAUCAUUGAUAAGCCUUGUGGUAUCCCAGUGCAUCCUACUGGUCGUUAUAGGUAUAACACCGUGACCAAGAUCAUGAAGUUGGAAAUGGACAAAGAAGUCCACCCUUGUAACAGAUUGGAUAGGCUUACAUCCGGACUGAUGUUCCUCGCCAAGAACCCUAAAGGUGCUGAUAAGUUUGUCGAACAGUUGAAAGCCCGUGAAGUUAAGAAGGAGUACAUCGCAAGGGUCAAAGGUGUCUUCCCUGAUGGCGAAAUCACAGUAGACAAGCCGUUGUUCACUUUAGAACCACGCCUGGGUUUGAAUAUCGUCGACGAAGAACGUGGUAAGCCUGCCACCACCAUCUUCAAGAAGAUCAGCUCCGAUGGAGAAACCUCCAUUGUUAAAGCUAUGCCACAUACCGGCAGAACCCACCAGAUAAGAGUUCAUUUACAAUACUUGGGCUUCCCAAUUGCUAAUGACCCUAUAUACUCGAACGUGAGUGUAUGGGGAGAGUCCCUGGGUGCUAAGGGAGAAGCUGAUCAUGACAAAGUUAUGGCAAAAUUGCAUGAGAUUGGUAAGACGAAACCUGCAAGCUCCUGGUUGUAUCCAGACUCGCAAGGUGAAGUGCUAUUAAACAAACAGUGUGAAGAAUGUGGCACCGAGCUCUAUAGCAAGCCUGGUGCAAACGACUUGGAUCUAUGGUUACACGCAUAUAGAUACUACUCCACUGACGAUUCAGACCCGUGGAGCCAUGAAACUGACUUCCCAGACUGGGCAAUUGAGCCACAUCUCAGAUUCAUGUCAUUGGCUUUGAAAGAGGCUCAGAAAUGUGAACCAACCACAACGGCAUUCGGCGUCGGCUGUCUGCUUGUACAUGAUGGUGAGAUUCUCAGCACCGGCUUCUCCAGAGAACUUGAGGGUAAUACCCACGCAGAGCAGAAUGCAUUGGAGAAAUUGUAUCUGGAGACAGGUGAAAGAGACGUCCCAGAAGGCACUGUCUGCUACACCACCAUGGAGCCCUGUUCGCUGAGAUUAAGUGGCAAUGAGCCCUGUGUCGACCGGAUAUUGAAGACGAGGAUCUCGAGCGUCUUUGUCGGGGUCGUCGAGCCUGAAACGUUUGUCAAGAAGAACGUUGGAUUGCAGAAGCUACGUCAAGGUGGUGUUUCAUACAUCAAGGUGCCUGGGUUCGAAGAUGAGAUCCUAAAGGCCGCCUUUAAAGGCCACGAAGACCAUAAGUAA